UGAUGGACAGAGAGAGGCAGCGGCGCCAUAGAGAGAGAGUCCGUGCUGACCCUGAGAAACAGCAGGCCUACCGGGAGAGGGAAAGACAAAGGUACCAACGCAGGAAAAAUAUGGUAAUUUCUUUACCAGAGCAAAUGACAACAGAAUCCCAGAGCCAUGGCUUGAGUAACACAGAAUAUCAAACUGGGCCAUCUGCCGAGGAUCACUCUCAUCCAAACAACUACUCCUUCCAAGCCAUGUCACAGAAUUCAGACACAGAAACAGGCAACAUGGGGCACAUGGAUGACAUGGUGAUGAAAAAGCCAACUCCUGAUAUUGUUGACACCAGGCAGCAGAUAAAAGAGAUGAAUCCAGUCAGCUAUCUGUUGCGUGUUACGGAAAAAGAGACUCCGGAACACUUAUUCUCUACCCAACACAGAGCUGGUUUCUUUGGGUCACAGGAUGUCAACUAUUAUUUUGUACAACAAAAUGGGGACCUGUGCUCACAUUCAAGGUCUAAAAAAAGAUUGAUGGACCGAGAGAGACAGCGGCGCUACAGAGAACGAAUCCGCUCCAACCCUGUGAAGCAGUCUGAUGAUGUAAAGGAAAGACGAAGGUUCAUGGACAGAGAGAGGCAGCGGCGACGGAGGGAGAGGAUGCGUGCUGAGCCUGACCAGCAGCAGGCCUACGCAGAGAGGGAAAGACAAAGGUUGUUAGAUAGAGAAAGGCAGCGACGCUGCAGGCAGAGGCUUCAGGCGGACCCUGUGAGGUGGCAAGCGUACCUGGAGAAGGAGCGGCACAGGUCCAGGGAGGCGGCCAGGAGAAGCCGGGCUAAGAAGUCUCUGGCCAAGGCUCUGACAGGCUGGAUAUCUGUUUAGGGGCAAGGAUGGCCUUUAAGACAAUAGGGGAACGUAGUAGUAGACGUUCUCUUCAAAGUGGUCACUCAUGGUGGGGGGUUGUUGUGAAGGGAGGCACUUCACCAGGCGGGGCAGGUCAACUGGCCCAUGACACCAGAACAGAGUUUGUUGGUGGGACAGUGAUCGCACAUAAGGACUUCAACACAGAGUUUUUUUUUUAAAUUUAAUUUUCUUGUCAUUGCUCUGGUAUGGGCUGUGGUCUAGAAACAUUCUUCAGAGGUGCUGAGGUGAAUUUGUAUUUGAAUCUGUAUUUAGGUGUCAUUGGAAUUUGACAGUGAUGUGCAUGUUUUUAUCAUGAAAAAGGUGACAGCUGAUAAUUCAAAUAAAUGUAUAAUUUGAUG